CCUUAAAAUUAUUAAUUAUUUUCAGACAGUAUUUACAAUAGUGCCUUAGUCGAGCCUGAGAAUGGUGAAGCCGGUAAACGUCCGUGUGACGACGAUUGACGCUGAGCUCGAGUUCGCGAUCCAGCCGAACACCACCGGGAAGCAGCUUUUUGAUCAGGUUGUUAAAACUAUUGGUCUGCGAGAGAUCUGGUUCUUUGGUCUGCAGUACACAGACUCCAAGGGGUUCUCUACCUGGCUCAAGCUUAACAAGAAGGUGCUCAGCCAGGACGUGAAGAAGGAGACUCCGCUUCAGUUCAAGUUCAGAGCCAAAUUCUACCCAGAGGAUGUAGCAGAGGAGAUAAUUCAAGAUAUCACACUCAGACUUUUCUAUCUACAGGUUAAACACGCAAUCCUCUCCGAUGAGAUCUACUGCCCUCCAGAAACAUCCGUCCUACUCGCCAGCUACGCCGUCCAGGCCAAGUAUGGAGAUUUUCAGAAGGAUCUUCAUCAACCAGGAUUCCUGGCUAAUGACAGAUUAUUACCGGACCGAGUUACCCAACAGCAUAAGUUGACAAGAGAAGAAUGGGAGGAAAGAAUUACUAACUGGUAUGGAGAGCAUAAGGGUAUGUUGAGGGAGGACGCUAUGAUGGAAUACCUCAAGAUAGCUCAGGAUCUGGAGAUGUACGGAGUCAACUACUUUGAGAUCAAGAACAAGAAAGGAACUGAACUCUGGUUGGGAGUUGAUGCUCUGGGUUUAAAUAUCUACGAGAAAGAUGACCGGCUCUCUCCUAAGAUUGGGUUUCCCUGGUCGGAAAUCAGAAACAUCUCCUUCAACGAUAGAAAGUUCGUCAUCAAGCCGAUUGACAAGAAAGCUCCUGACUUUGUAUUUUUGGCUCCGCGUCUUCGGAUAAACAAGCGUAUUCUCACAUUGUGUAUGGGUAAUCAUGAACUCUACAUGAGGAGAAGGAAACCUGAUACAAUUGAAGUUCAGCAGAUGAAAGCGCAGAACAAGGAGGAAAAGCUGGCUAAAGCUCAGGAAAGGGAGAAACUACAAAGAGAGAUCGCACUCAGAGAAAAGGCGGAGAGAAUGCAGGCUGAGUUUGAGGAGAGGUUUCGUUCCAUGAAAUCCGAGAUGGAAAUGAGGCAAGGGGAGCUGAUUGAGGCUCAGGAUACCAUCAGGAAGCUGGAGGACCAGCUCCGUGAGACCCAGGUGGCCAAGGACGAGCUGGAGAAACAGCAAAGGGAGUUGCACGAGAUGAUGCAGAGGCUGGAGGAGAGCAAGAACCUCGAGGCAGAGGAGAGAGCUAGACUUGAAUCUGAGAUCUAUCAGAAGAGAAACGAGGUUGAAGAGAUCUCCAGCCAGGUUCGUUGUAAGGAGGAGGAGAACCGUCUGCUCCAGGAGGAAAUGGAACUGGCAAGGAAAAAACAGGAGGAGGCAAGCCAGGCUCUCAUUGAAGCCAGUACUACACCUAAACAUCACCAUUUACAGAUUGCGGAGUACUGGAAAUAUUUCCCAGAUCAGAAAGAAAAUAACUUUCAAACCAGCAAAAUGCUGUUAAAGGAGACGGAGGACGACGAGGAAGACGACGAAAUGAUGAUGAACGGUGAUUCUAAUAAUAGAGAUCUCAGAUAUGAUGACGACGAUCUUAACGAUCCUGUCAAUGAUCGCAUCACACUAGCGGAGAAGAAUGAAAGACUGCAGAGUCAACUCAAAUCCUUGAAGGAGGAUCUAGCAAGCACUAGAGACGACCAGCAAGAGACAACUAUGGAUAAAAUUCAUAAAGAAAACGUGAAGCAGGGAAGGGAUAAAUAUAAAACUCUCAGAGAAGUCAGAAAAGGAAACACGAAGAGACGAGUUGAUCAGUUUGAGAAUAUGUAACUUGAAGUUAAUAAUGUAGAUUCAGAGGAUCCGACCAGAAUCCUUCAUAUUCUCAGAUCCAUUCAACCUUCGUCCUUCCCUCGACCACUUUCCGUCACAAAUACGAAAUAUUUUCUGUUCCCUAUCUGUUUUACAGUGCUCUGUACAUUAUACAGAUUUAUUACAAUCCCUCCUUCAUUGUAUAUAUAUACGGUUACUCUAAGAUCUUUAGUUUUAAGAUGACUUUAUCCCUUGGUCGCAUUUAAUUUUGUCGAAAGUAAGAACUACUUAAUAUUAAUGAGCAUUUAUUGUACUUUGCCGCAUUUUCCUGUGAUACUGUGUGCGGCCCUGUGUACUAAUUUCAGGACAAAUUUCAAAAUCUUAUUGUUUUACCAAUUUUUAAACUAACCCAUAUUUUUAUACUAGCAAAUGUACACUUUUUUGGAACCAGAAAUAUAUACAUGAUAUUAA